AUGUCAGACAACGAUUCCUGGAGCGACGGCAUCCUUCUCAAGAUUGUAAACAUCAUAACCUAUCUUCUAUUCCUUGGCUCGAACGUGUACACCGUCGCAGCUCCCAAUGAUAUCUACUUCACUGGCAAGGAGACUUACAUCACCCCAGCGCCCUGGGCGUUCCUCAUCUGGUCCUUAAUCCACUUGCUCCUCCUCGGCACCAUCGUCUACCAGUUCUUCCCCGAAGGCAAACGCGUCAUCAUUGACGGUAUCUCCUGGCGUCUUCCUCUCCUCGGUGUCCUCAACGCGAUAUAUGUCAACUUAUGGGCCAGCCACCACUACAUUGUCGCCUUCAUCUUCGCGCUCUUGGUUAGCUCCGCUGUGACUCACAUCUACUACGUCGUCAAGAAGCAUCACUCGCCCAGCUCCGUUCCCGACGAGCUCUUUGUCCACUUGCCUUUCUCGCUUUACCACGGCUGGACCACCGUCCUUGUUGUCUUGACUGCGUUCGAGGCCUUCGGUGUCUCCUCGUUCGACCACAAGGCCGGCAUUUGGACUAAGGUCUUCGUCUUCCUCGCCCUCUUCUUCCUCGAAGCUACCGCAGCAGCCUACGCCUUCUCUUCUCCCGAAGGCGAUCUCCCCGCCUCUAUCGCCAUCGCCUGGUCCCUCUUCGCCAUCUUCGCCCAGCAACGCUCCUCCGGCUUCGUACACUGGAGCUCGCUCGUGUUUGCGAUCUUGGCGUUGGUGUGGGUCAUCAGGAGUGCGGUCGGGAUCUUCACGAAGAGCAGGAGGGGUGGGAUCUUGGAGGAUGAGGAGAGGGCACCGUUGGUCGGUGGGAACUGA